GCUCCCAGGGUCCUUUUCGUCUCUGUGUCUGCACGCGAAGGUUUUAUCUGCACUUCUACUGUACUUCUCGAUUCCAGUCCUAUCAGGUAGCAUGACCGACUGACACACCAAUUUUUCCUUUCGUAGGAUGGGAUGAAAUGGGAAACUUUACUUGAAAUAAACUAUCACGUAGUGUACCAAGGUAUGAAGUAUGGAAGCUUUGUCGUUUGCAUCGGCGUAUUUCUACCGUCAAUCAGGGGCGACAUGAAGGUGGUAGACCUUACCUGGCCCCACAAGAAAGGUAUGGCCCACUGGCCGGGUGAAGGAAUUCCUGAAUUCAACUUAAACAUCAUAUCUCGUGGCUUCUUGUCUAAAUUAUGGUUUGAAAUCAACUGGUUUGUUACUCCCGAACACGCAGGAACGCAUUUCGAUGCCCCUGCUCACUUUUUCAAAAAUAAAUGGAGGGCGCAUGAGAUUCCAGCCGAGCGUCUGAUUGGUCCAGCGGUGGUUAUCGACGUGACGUCACAAGCGGAAGUGGAUCACGAUUACAGAGUAACUAAGUCCGACUUCGACAGGUACGAACGCGAGCACGGUCGAAUCCCACACGGUGCCAUUGUAAUCAUGAACUCUGGAUGGGGUUCCCGGUUCCAUGACAAGCACCUUGUGUUCAACAGCGAGAAGCCCGACACGCCCUCCACUUACCAUUUCCCAGGGUACCACGAGGAUGCCAUUUCCUGGUUGUUGACCAAUAGAAACGUCAGUAUCGUUGGGGUCGACACUCCCUCCGUUGACUACGGCCAGUCGACGACCUUCAAAGUUCAUGUACUGUUUGGAGAGAACGGAAUUAUCGGGCUGGAAAAUGUGGCCAACAUUGAGAAGAUUCCCGCCGCAGGGGCCACAAUAUUUGUUGGUGCGAUGAAGUUGUUUGACGGAAGUGGCGGACCUGCCCGAAUUAUAGCGACCUUUGACCCGCUUGUUUCCCGUGAAUACAGGACAACAUGGAUUGUUGUCAUAGUUACCAGUAUCUUGUUUGGUAUCUACGGUAUAUACAGCACGUGUUUCAGGACACAGAUAGCACGUGCGUCACAUUCUGAAUAACCUGUUAUGAGCUAGUAAGUUGUUUUAUUAUGGGUUUAAGAUUAUAAAGAUUUCCUGAAAUAAAUGCUGUCAGUCUCA